GACUACUUAUUUUAAUUUUAUUUAUUUGAUGAGAAUGGAGAAAGAGAUUUAGCAAAAAGAAUUUUGCUGCCGAAACAAUCAGAAACACCGUCGCUAGUUGCAGUGGUUUCUCCACCGUGAUUGUCGUAAUUUUCACCUUUUGAUUAAAUCUAACUGCUCAAAAUAGCGUAGGAGUCCAUUCGAAUCCAAAGCCAAAAUACGAACCCUAGCGCGUCUUCUCCAUCUUCACUCCUCAACUCAGAUUUAACAAGGAAGCUGGAAUGGUGGACGGCGGUAGAAUCAAGCUGAAGACAUGGCAGCAGGCAGCGGUGGCGUUUGGUUCGGCCGUCGGAGCGCUUUUGAAUCCGCGAAGAGCUGAUUUGAUAGCGGCUCUUGGUGAAACAACGGGAAAACCUGCCUUUGAAAGGGUUCUUCAAAGGAUGAAAUCUUCCCCCGAAGGAAGGGUCGUACUGUUGGAGCGCCCUCGUGUUAUAUCUGCAAAUGUAGGACAUGCUUGGGAUCUGCCAGCAAAUACAUUUGGUGCUGCCUAUGCUAGAUUUAUGGGAUCCAGGAACUUUUCACCAGACGAUCGACCUCCUGUGCGGUUCAUGGAUACAGAUGAGCUGGCCUAUGUUGCCAUGCGAGCUCGUGAAGUACAUGACUUCUGGCAUACCCUUUUUGACCUUCCUACUAACUUGAUUGGGGAGUCAGCACUGAAAGUAAUCGAGUUUGAACAGAUGUAUCUUCCUAUGUGCAUGAUGUCUGUUAUAGGGGGCACAGCAAGAUUCAACGAAAAGCAGAGAAAAUUGUUUUUUCAGCAUUACUUCCCAUGGGCUGUUCGUGCCGGCACACAGUGCAAUGAUCUAAUGUGUGUAUAUUAUGAGCAGCAUUUUCAUGAAGAUUUGGAAGAUGUUCGCAGAAAACUGGGAAUUGUUCCGGUUCCUGCUGUUCCUUGACUGAAUGCUUUUCGAGCUGAUGAGUUGUAUUUGUUCAGCGCAACUGCAAUCAAUUUUCUUAGUAAUGUCCGGUGCUACAGCUGUCUCCUGAUAUUUAGUCAGUUUUGUAUAGGUUUGGAUUUUAUCAAUGACUUUUACAUCACGAUCAAUUAAAUUAAAUAGAAUCAUGAACAUAGGUUCGAUUUUAUAA